AUGCUGUCCACGCCUACGCAACCCGCCCUCAGCACCCGCGCCGCUGGCAAGGCUCGGGCCUCCGACGUCGGCAUCCGCACGCGGCACAGUAUGACGCAGGUCCAAGUCCAGGUUCAGGCAGCCCAACGGCGCGCCGCGCUUGGUACCUCAGACACUGACGAUGCUGCCAUUGACCUAGCUGCUUGCCAGCCGACGACACUGUCUCCACAUCAGCUGCACAGGCGGUCGCCGUCCGCCAGCGCGGUGCUCGACUUCUGUCCGAGGGAGUAUCGCGAUACCGCCGCUUCACAGCAGAGGGGAGAGUUCGCGGGACCCAUGCUCAAGCCGAAUGUCAAGGGCCGCCCCAGCGACGUGGAUCUCCGAAAUGGCAGUCUGUACGUGAACUGGGUGCGAAAAGCCGUUCUGGCACGCCUGUCGCAUAUGCCUCUCGUGGACGUGCCGCCUGAGGAAGAGUCGGAGUACCAGGGAGUGUUCAACGUGCUCUGGGGAUACAUCUCGGAGAUGGAGCCGCUCCUGCCGCUGUAUGCCUGUUGGAUGGCGGAGGACACGAUCAAGCAGCUUGUCACCGCCAACGCGGUGGUUAAGCAACAAAAGUUGUACCUUGCAUCCGAAAGCCCGCGCUUCAUUCUGGACCUGCAGACUGUGACGCUGUUCAUUAGGCAGAUAGAGAAGCUGAAAGAGGCGAUCGCGGAGAGGCAGAGAGCGAUGCAGCGCCAGGCA